AUGACUGAAGCAGAUGCCACGAAAAGGCCCCUUACUAUGCCCGAAACUUUCUUACCCUAUCUAGAAAAGCAUAGACUUUACAAAUUAUUUAAAGAUAUGGUUAGAGAUUUAGUGAUCCAUUUACCAAGAGAUCACUUAAAACACAUGAAAGUGUUUGUUGGUCGUCACUUACACAUAACAAGAGAUGUCGACAAAGUCAUGCUUUUGGUAUCUCCUAAACUUCAAAUAGAUGUAAAGAAACUCGUUCACGAAAUGAUUAAGAAUCUAGGUUUUAUCGUUAUAACUCGCCGCUGUCUCUUGGAUCGAUAUGAAAAGCACGAUGAUUACGUGCCCGGUUGCAUUUCACCAGAACUGUUGUCUGAGGUUGCGAAGAACUUGACUUUGAAGGACCCAGUACCGCAGACGGGGUGGUUGAUGUUUGACCACCCCUGCACGGUUCGUGAAGCCCAGUGUCUUCAGCAAGAUGGUGUGCUACCUACAGUGACCUUAGUCCUAACUCCACCCCCACCUGUGGGCCAUAUUGAUGAAAACCCAUGGACGGCCCAUAGAUCCUUCUCUGAGCAAGACUUUGAAGGGCUCAAGUUUGUCUAUAAGUCUACUCUGAAGGAAGUCUACAUAGAACCCGACGAUGACCAUGAGAAGCAAGGGAUGAAGUGUUUCAAUGCGAUACGGGCCUGCGCAGCCGGAGCCCAGGGACGAGGGCAGGGGCUUCAUGCUAUUGGAGCUCCGGGGGUUUACCGCGUGCUGAUCUUAGGACCCCGCGGUUCUGGUAGGCGGACGCAGGCGAUGUUAGCGGCUAAACACUUUGAUCUUGUAUUCUUGGACUUUGACGCGUUAUUCAGUGAAGCGAAGUUGAAGAAGGACGAUGUCGGUGAGAAACUUCGCAACUGGGGAUGUAGUGUGCAACUGCGAGCUGACGUUGUCCGUCGCAGGAUCGCUAUGAAGGACUGCAUCGAUAACGGUUGGGUUUUAACGGGCUACCCUGUGACCGGUACUGAUUUCGAGUUACUGGACAUGAUGCCCACUCCACCUAAUCGAAUUAUAUUCUUGAACGUCGACGAGAAAACGUGCAGAUCGCGGCUUCAGUCCCGAGGGGUUGAUUGGUGCACAGGUCACGAUAUGCCGAUGGGUUCUGGUCCCCGUGUUGUUCCCAGGAGUCCGGAUCUGGAAAAGCUAGAUGUUGAGUUGGACACAUACUUCACCGAGAAUUUAGCUGAAUUGAGAGCAGCUGCCGGAAUAACUGCCGUUCAAGUGAUCGCUAACGAUCAAAUUGAUCAAAUCCAAGUGAGGGUUCAAGCGGCUAUCAUGGCGUCUCCCGCCUUCAACAUUGAAUAUUGCUCUCAGUUGCGUAAUGUGCAUGGAGAAUGA